CUCCCUGUACCGCCUGCUGCUGCCCUGUGUGCCCCCUGUUAUUCCUUCCCCCACCCCUGUGCCCUCUGUUAUUCCUUCCCCAACUCCUGUGCCCUCUGUUAUUCCUUCCCCUCACCUUUGUGCCUCUGCUAUACUCUACAUUACCCCCAUACCAGUGCCCCUUGUUAUAUUAUACCCUCCUUCACCCCUGGUAUUCCCUCCUCUCCCUCAUCUCUGUGCCCCUGUAAUCCUCUCCCCAUGUUACCAUAACGCCUGCUCCCCUGUAACCCCCUAUUACCCCCAUCUCUGUUAUGCCCUAUUUGUUUUUUUUAUUUAAUAUCCUUAUUAUGUUAUGAAAUAUAACAUCUAUCUGAUUACACAGUAGUGAAGAAGACAUCUGCUGAGUGUGAGGCACCCAUCCGCUGUGCCUCCACCUCACUUACUGAUACAUGAGAGGCACAAUGAUCAGAAGAUCCUGGAACUCACCAACAAGAUCAUUCAGCUGCUGACUGGAGAGGCAAUUGAGCUAUGGGAAAAGUCACAUGAUCUCAUGUGUCCUGCAUAAAUCACUGUGUAAUUGAGGAUGGACAAGAAUCAGAGUCACACAAGCGAGGCGAUAAUAAAUCUCACCCUGGAGAUCAUCUACCUGCUGACUGGAGAGGAUUACACAGUAGUGAGGAAGGCAUCCAGUGAGCAUGAGAUACCCAGCAGCCAUCUCCGUGUGUCAGGAGGACUGAGCAGGACCCAGAGCCCCAUCACGGUGCCUCCACCUCACUCACUGAUACAUGAGAGACACAAUGACCAGAAGAUCCUGGAACUCUCCAACAAGAUCAUUCAGCUGCUGACUGGAGAGGUUCCUAUAAGGUGUGAGGAUGUCACUGUCUAUCUCUCCAUGGAGGAGUGGGAGUAUAUAGAAGAACACAGAGAUCUGUACAAGGACAUGAUGAUGGAGAAUCGCCGGCCCCUCACAUCACUGGAUGGUCCCAGUAACAGAGAUACCCCAGAGAGAUGUCCCCGUCCUCUGUAUUCCCAGGAUUGUACAGAGGAGAACCACAGGAUCCCACAGGAGCAUCAGGGAGAAGAUAUGACAGUUACAAAGGUUAAUGAUACGAAGGGAGAAGAAGAGACGGAUGUGACUGAUCAUAAAGCAGAAGAUAUAGAGGGAGAAGAAGAGACGUAUGUGACUGAUAUGAAGGCAGAAGAUAUAGAGGGAGAAGAAGAGAUGGAUGUGACUGAUCAUAAAGCAGAAGAUAUAGAGGGAGAAGAAGAGACGUAUGUGACUGAUAUGAAGGCAGAAGAUAUAGAGGGAGAAGAAGAGACGUAUGUGAUUGAUAUGAAGGCAGAAGAUAUAGAGGGAGAAGAAGAGAUGCAUACGAGGGGUGAUCAGCAGUGUAAGGAGGAGGAAAUCCCUACAGAUACCAGCACAAGUGAGUCAUAAACACUUUGGCAUCAGUUUAUAUACCGUAUAUAAACUUAUUAAACAUAAACUUGGUAAACAAAA